AUGGAGAAGCCAAAAAUGCCUCGAUUUAGUGGUGACGUCAGAGAGUACAGUAUUUUUCGAGAUGAUUUUAAGCAUGCUAUUGAAUCUAGAUGCAGUAAAGGGGAUGCAAUGACGUACCUUCGUGCAUGCUUGCAGGGAAAACCCCUAGAGCUUAUCAAAGGAAUUGGUACAGAUUAUGAUGGUGCAUGGCAAUAUUUAGACUCAAUCUAUGGAGACCCCAGAUAUGUGUCGAACGAAGUAACCCAAGAUCUGUCAAAGUUCCAACCCCUGAAAGAAGGAGAAGACUCACGAUUUUGCGAUCUGGUGCAUUUAGUAAAGCGUAGUUUCAAUACGAUGAAGGGAGUGGGAAAACCCCAUGAUAUGGAUAACAAUCACAUGUUAUCACUAAUAGAACAGAAAAUGUGUGUGGAAGAUAGAAAGAUUUGGGCUCGUGAGUUGGAAAGGAAUGAAAAGCCAGCAAGCUUACAAGGUCUCAUUGCUUGGAUGGAGACGGAAAUGAAGUCGAGGAUGCGUGCAACUGCUCCACUGAGAAAUCCGAGUCAGGGUUCGAGAUAUGUCAAUCAGCUAUCUGGAGGAAAACCACCAAAGUGUUGGAUCUGCGACAAUUCAACGCAUUGGGUAGACCAAUGUGAGAAAUUUAAGUCCAUGAGUCCAGAGGACCGUUUGAAAACCGUAAGAGAAAACCACGCUUGUUUCAGUUGUCUUAAGAAGGCCGGACGUGAUCACAGAGCAUCAAACUGUAGCAGAAGGAAGCAGUGUACUCAGAAAAUAAGUGGCGUUCAAUGCAAAUAUUAUCAUCAUAUUCUUUUGCAUCCUUCAAAUCCUGCAGCAUCAGUGGGUGUAGCAUCGGUAGAAACAACACGGAAGCAAUGCUGCCAGUUAUUACAGUGAAGAUAUCUGGAAAGAACGUAACAAUCGACACAAACAAGGGAACAUUCUACUCGACUCUGGAGCACAAAUAAGUCUGAUUUGCACAAGUACAGCAAAGAAUUUGGAUUUAAAGGGAAAGGAUGUUUCGAUGACUAUUAGAAAAGUGGGCGGUGAAGAAGAAGUGUUGGCGACAAAUGUAUAUCAAGUUCCCAUUACGUCAUUGGAGUCUGGUGCGAAGUUCACAGUCAAAGCUGUUGGAAUGCCACAUAUUAGCGAUGACAUUUCAAAUAUCAAUAUUGGUGAAAUGGCAAAAGGAAUUGGAAUCCCUGAAGUGAAAAUUUACCGAGAAUGUGUACCGAAUCGAUAUGCUUAUUGGGAUUGA